AUGGAGUUCAUCGACCCACUCAGCAUGCAGCAGCUCGCGGAAUCCCUCGCCAACGAGCUCUGGAACGAGCCUCCUCAAGAGCAGCAACAAGAACAACAUGAUCAACCUCGGCAAUGCAUCCCAUCGCCGACAGGCUUCUCGUUGUUGGGCAAUCUCAACCUCAUCAACAAUGCCGACGGCAGCUGUCCAAUUGUUGUCGGUGCAGGCGGCAGCGACAACGACAUGUUUUCCUUCACUGCCGGCUCGCCAGUCGCCACCGGCAGCACCGUUGGGAAAUGCUGUUCAUCAUCGACGACGGAGAAGAAAUGCAGCGGCGGCCGGAAGCCGAGCUCGAGCGUGAAGGAGCACGUCAUCGCCGAGAGGAAACGGCGGGAGAAGAUGCACCACCAGUUCGCAACGCUCGCGUCCAUCAUUCCCGACAUCACCAAGACAGACAAGGUGUCUGUCUUGGGCAGCACCAUCGAGUACCUGCACUACCUGAGGAACAGGCUCAAGACAUUGCAAGAGACGAAGCACCAACACAGCAGCAGCAGAACCGCUGAGUCACCCACCACGUUGAACGCACGAUGCUGCAUUGCCUCCGAGGAUGAAGGUGCGGCGAGCCCCAAGAUCGAGGCGGACGUGCAGGGGACGACGGUUCUUCUGAGGGUGGUGUGCCGGGAGAAGAAGGGGGUGCUGAUCAUGGUGCUCGCGGAGCUGGAGAAACACCGCCUGUCCAUCAUCAACACUAACGUUGUGCCGUUUGCCGAGUCAUCACUGAACAUCACCAUCACGGCACAGGUACCUUGUGCCCUCUGUCCAAAAGUAUGA